AUGCUCGACCUCAAUGCCUUUCGAGUCGACGCGGGUGGCGAUCCGGACGUCGCGCGCGAGUCACAGCGCCGGCGCGGCGCCAGCGUCGACGCGGUCACCGCCGUUGUCGACCUGGACAGCCGGUGGCGUGAGCAGCUGCAGCGGAUCCGCGCCGUGCGGUCUGAGGCGGGCGCAGAGGCUGCCUCUGCGGCCACCGCCGCCAGGGCUCCUGGCUCGAGCAGCGAGACGCGAGCUGCGGCGGCGCGAGCGAAGCGAGAGUUGGCCGACCGACUCAACCCUCUCGAGCAGGAGGAGCGCGCGCUCCGGGGCGAGCUGCACCGGGCCACCUGCCGCGUGGGUGCUCUCGUGCACGAGCAGGCUCCCGUCCGGCCCGAGCUUCUCGCGCUGCAGGGUGGCGCGGCCGCUGGGGCGGCGGAGGCGGCGGAGGCGGCGGAGGCGGUCGGUCCAGCACGCAACAACGAGCGCCAUCUCCACGACGCGACGUGCCGGGCGAUGGUCGAGAGCGGCUGGGCCGAGCCCUCGCCUGGCGGCCAGUGGCGGCUCUGCGGUGCGGCGCUGCUUUCGCAGUACGCCAUGCUGACGCAGGCGCGCAAGAACAGAAGCAAUCACAACCACAACCACAACAACAAUGAUGCUAACGCAGGCGCUCGCGACGGCGGACCGGCGUGCCUCCCCCCCGACGAGCGGGCGGGCGGGCCCCUCGGCGCGCUCCACGCGGCGCAGUGGGUGCAGGAGGCGCAGCUGCCGCUCCGGUAUGCUUUCGUGGUCGAGCCGCCCGCCGGCGGGCAGGGCGAGGGCGGGCCGCACUUUUGCGCGAGCGAGGCGUUGCACGCGGAGCUCGGCAUCGAGACGGCGGUCCGCGAGCUGCACACGGGCGAGCUGCGGCAGACCGAGGCGCGCGCCCUCGCCGUCGAGAGCGUGCCUCGCGCGGGCGCGUCGCCAGCGGGGCCGCCGGUUGAGCUGGCCCGCGCCGCUUGCCACGAGGCGUACGUGGCGCGCUGGCUCGGCAUGCGGCUCGGCUCGAAGACGCUCGGAGAGAGGCAGAAGCGGUACGUGCACACGGUGAGCGCGCGCAUCUGCUCGCCGGGCCGCUGCGCUCUCGCCCUCGCUGCCGCCCACCCGUCCCGCUCCUUGCCGCUCUCGCUCCUCCCUCGAGCCGUCGGCUGCCAGAGUGGCAAGGACGGCGAGUGUCUGGGAGGCGCGACCGCUAGCGAGAGAUCCUAA